GCGCCUGGGAGAGAGAGAGGAGGGGAGGAGGAGGAUUAGCGGGGAGCGUGAGCGUCCGCUGCCCAGCAAAACUUCUAAAGAUUUGGAGAAGAUAGAAAACAACCCAAAAGGCUAAAGCAUUAUUGUACUAGAGCUGAUUGUUAAAUCUUGCCCAGCACAUCCGUGGCAAUAUCCUCCACAGUGGAUGGGAAUGGAGUGGAGGGAAUUCAUCUAAAAGACAUUUCAAAGGAAAAUCAGAGCAUCCAUUACUUUUGAGGAUAGUUGCUAUUGCUAGCUAUGUUUCCUUCCUUCUCUGAAACUCGUCACCCCCUGCAGGCUGAAGAACAAGAAGUUGGCAUUGACCCUUUGUUGAGUUAUUUGAAGUCUGAAGGUGAAUCCAAUGAAAAUGGAAGAAUAAAUCCUACCACAGAUUCUGAUGGUACUUUUAUUUCCUACAGUAAAGAAUGGGAAGAACUAUUUGUAAACAACAAUUACUUGGCAACUAUACGGCUGAAGGGGAUUAAUGGGCAGCUGAGAAGCAGCAGGUUCCGCAGUGUUUGCUGGAAGCUUUUUCUGAAUGUUCUCCCUCAAGAUAAAAGUCAGUGGGCUAGCCAAACCAAGGAAUUGAGAGCAUGGUACAACAGAAUCAAAGAAAGACAUAUUACCAACCCUCGGAAAGCUGCAGGACAACAGGAUUUGAUGAUCAAUAAUCCUCUCUCUCAGGAUGAAGGGAGUCUUUGGAAUAAAUUUUUUCAGGAUAAGGAGCUUCGAGCAAUGAUUGAACAGGAUGUCAAAAGAACGUUUCCUGAAAUGCAGUAUUUCCAACAAGAAAAUGUGAGAAAAAUUCUUACAGAUGUUCUUUUCUGUUAUGCGAGAGAAAACGAGCAGUUGCUUUAUAAACAGGGUAUGCACGAGCUGUUAGCACCGAUAGUCUUUAUCCUCCAUUGUGACCACCAAGCCUUCCUACAUGCCAGUGAAGCUGCACGGCCAAGUGAGGAAAUGAAAGCUCUUUUGAAUCCAGAGUACUUGGAGCAUGAUGCCUAUGCAAUGUUUUCACAUCUUAUGCAAACUGCUGAGCCCUGGUUUUCGACUUUUGAGCAUGAUGGUCAAAAGGGAAAAGACACGAUGAUGCCGCCCAUCCCAUUUGCCAGGCCACAGGAUUUAGGCCCAUCCAUUGCUAUUGUUACGAAAGUAAACCACAUUCAAGACCAUCUCCUAAAGAAGCAUGAUAUUGAGCUCUACAUGCACCUGAACAGACUAGAAAUUGCUCCACAGAUAUAUGGACUGCGAUGGGUCCGACUGCUGUUUGGACGAGAAUUCCCUCUUCAGGAUCUUCUGGUUGUCUGGGAUGCUUUAUUUGCAGACAGUAUCAAUCUGGGCUUAGUGGACUACGUUUUUGUAGCCAUGUUACUAUAUAUUCGAGAUGCAUUGAUCUCCAGUAACUAUCAAACCUGCCUGGGACUUCUGAUGCAUUACCCACCAAUGGGGGAUGUGCAUUCACUUAUCCUCAGGGCCCUUUUUCUCCGAGACCCAAAGAGAAAUCCAAGACCUGUGACACAUCAGUUCCAACAAAAUUUAGAUUAUUACAAAGCAUGUGGAGCAGAUCUUAUGAAUAAAACCCGGGCUAAUGCCAAAGCUGCCCCACUGAACAUAAACAAGGUCUCCAAUAGCCUACUUAAUUUUGGCAGAAAAUUAAUUGGCCCAGCCAUGACCACAGGCAAUAUGGUUGGCCCCAUCCCCAGCGGCAAUAGUGGCGCGGCGCCUGCUGUCAUGACGGUCAGGACCCCAGCCGAAGCCCCCCGGCAGCACCCCCCACCGCCGCAGACACAGCAGCAGAGAAUGAUGAAAUCGGAGAGCAUGCCAGUUCAGCUCAGCAAAGGAGAUGUAGUUACAGGAAGCGAUGCUCAGGUUUCUGUUCCUGUCCAGACUCUAACUGGCCUCCAAGGGCAGAGCGCCAAGAACAUCAGUGCGUCUCCCAGCAUCGACAGUCUGCCCGGGGGGAGAGAGGUCACGGGCUCCCCGCCCUCGUCGGCCCCCAAGAAGGACUCUUUCUUCAGCACCAUCUCGCGCUCCCGCUCCCACAGCAAAACCAUGGGCCGGAAAGAAUCGGAAGAAGAAUUAGAAGCCCAGAUUUCAUUUCUUCAAGGACAGCUGAAUGACCUGGAGGCCAUGUGCAAAUACUGUGCCAAGAUGAUGAACACUCACUUGGGUACGCCCCUCGCUAUUGGCUUUGAGCGCAUCUUGUGUCCGCCAACAGUGCCUCACUGGCUUUAUGUCGAGGAGAGGCCUUCCCAGGUCAUAGGAGCGGCUUCCCUUCAUUACGUUAAAUGGACGCCCCUCCUCCCUGCUCAGUGGUGCACCUGCUGCUUUGCUUCUCUCAGCCCCAGAUUCCUCUUCACAAAAGCAGAUUCGGUCCCAGCUUCUCUGGCCUUCAGCCAGGACGAGGCCCAGGCACGUGGGUUUCCAGCCUCUCGUGCUGGUGGAUGCCCCACGCUGUGCAAGUUGCUCUCUGUCCCAACAACUGACUGA